UGCGCGCGGAACGGAGCGGAGACGUCGUGUUUUGACAGUCGUUGUCAACCUCCCCCGAAAAACCGAAGCUUCUGUUUACAAAAAGUGCUAAAAUUUUUCUUCGCCAGAGCAACGAUCCAGGUAGUUCUCCCGGCUGAAGUGUCGUCGUCUGGAUUAUCGCAUCGACAUGAACGUUAAUGUGUGCGAUGUACCGAAUGUUAAUCCAGCUACGUACUGUCGAUUGUGCUUCUCGCAGAAACAAGUGGUUCCGAUCUUCCCGCUAGGAAGCAAUCACAAUCAGAAAAUAAUCAACCAGGUUUACCAGUGGACCGGCGUUCAGAUCUCCUACCAGGAGGAUUUCACCUGUGCAAUCUGCUGGAAAUGCACCUUUGCCUUGGAGGAGUUCCAGCGGUUUUGUGAUCGUUGCAGGAAAAACGACUGGAUUGUCAAACAGAAGCGCAGUGAGGUGAACCGCAACCCGAUUCAGAAAAGUGAACAACCGGAGAACCAAAUGGACGAUCGACGCUUUGGGUACAUGUAUCCGCUGAUGCAACCGGCUUUAGGAUACGAAUUCCGAUUGCCGAAUGAUCCGCGGGAUCGGGCCCACCUGGAACACCCUCGAUCGCUGGUUCGCGAGACCCCUGCCCCUGCAGCCCCUUCCAAUCACAUCCAGACAAAGACCGAAUCUAGAAUAGACAUAGAGACGGAAUUUAAACAUGUUCUUCCGGUGGAACGGCUACCGGAGGAGCUGGUCAACAUGCUGGAUCUGCCAGCGACGUCUUCCAAAAAGGGAAUCGCCAAUUCUUCAGUCAAUGGCGUUGCGCCCACCACCGCCACCACUCCAGGAACUCCGAAAGUGCGCACCAGUCAGUACCAGAAGGUGGUCGAAUCCGGCGGGGUCAAAUGCCCCAUUUGCAAAAAGCCUUACACGACGGACAAAAAUCUCAAAAAGCAUCUCCGGUUGCACACCUUGACCCUACCUUUCACGUGUAACGACUGCGGCGCAAAGUUCUCCGAGCGGCGAGAUUUCCAGAAGCACCACGAGCGAUACCACGGGCCAAACGCGUCCGCCUCGGUGUCCGAUAUUUUCCACUGUGAGUUCUGUUCCCGCGUUUUCACCCGGCAGCGAGAUAUGACCAAGCACGUUCGGCUGUUUCACGAGCCACCCGAGGAAAUGAAGCACAAUGUGUCGGCACCUAUGUAAGCAAUGAGGGGGUUCUUUUUAAGCUUGGGGAUUUUGCAUCGUCCAUCACUCAUUUGGUUCGUCCUGGUGAAUUGUGCAGGAAAUGUGGGAUAAGUGAAAACAAAUUAUUUUUUAAUUAGGUAAUGUACUGCCCCCACUCGCAUAACAGUCCCAUUUGACUUUUCAUCAAUUUUGAGUUAAUGUUAUGAAUAGUCAUCAUUUUCGAUGUACUUCCAAAUACAAUAAUAAAAAUUACGAAUUUUUAUGUCAAUGUGUGAAAAAAAUACCAAGUCAUGAGCGUCCCAUAUCAAAAGUACCCGCAUAACAGUCCCAUCAUGAAUUUUUGUGUCACGAAACACAAAACUGAACAACUUUGUAGCAAUUAUAAUAUGUUUUGCAGUUAUAUAUUCAUGUGCAAAGCAAUCUGUGAAAGUUUCGAGAUGAUCGAAAUAUUUUUCAAGUUUUAGCGAUUUUUCAAAGUUUUAUAUGGAAACAAGUUUUCAAACUUCAAAUGCCGUUUUCUCAAUUCCUCCUUUUUGCAAAUGGGACUGUUAUGCGAGUGGGGGCAGUGUAACACUCGAUGAGAUAUUCAGUAACACCUUAUAAAAUAUCUUUUCAUUCAGCCUAAUUUCUGAUCAAUUUGAGCAGUUUCGAGCAGUGCUCGGUAUGCACUGUAUGAAAUUUCUUGGGGUUCGGAGUCUCAAAAGCGAGCGGAAAACCGACGAGAAAAUUAUCUCCGUACUUGAUACUUUGUGGUCUACAACUCGUAGCGGCGAGUCUACGCCGAAUGAAGUAUCCGCCUCCACUGGCGGAUCGGUCCUGAGCCAAUCGUUUCCAGUCACCCUGAACGUUUAGAGCCUUUAGGUCCUCCACAACUGCAAAAAGGUUUUUAAAUGGUGAAAAAAAUUGUUCUACGCUUAUGGUCAAAUCUCAACCGUUACGUAGUUAUUGAACUUCCCAUGUUUUCGACUCUUAUUGCCUUAACUGGCUAUAACUUGGAAAUGGUCAAACUUAUCGAAGUUUUUUGACCCUUAUUCGAAAGAUUAUUGAAUUUUCCAUCAAAUGGCAUCUUUGAAUCGAUUGGUUUAGUUAAACAACUAAGUUUUCUAGAGCAAAUAGCUCAAAAGUAGUGUGUUUUAUUUUUUUUGUCAAUUAUCUUUGAAAAAAUGCGUAAUAAUUUAAAAUUCUUUCUUAGGCAAAGUUGUGGCCCCUGUUCCACUCUACAAUUCGUUCUUUGACAUCAAACUUCUAUCUCUUAUCGUUUUGUUGCAAUUUCGAUUUUAACAUCGCAUUUCAGAUCAUAAAUUUGCAACUGUCAAGGAAAGCACUUUUUUGCACAUUGUGCCGCACAUUUAAAUCAAAAUUGCAAGUAAAUAAUAAGAGCUAGAAGUUUUGUGUCAAAAAACGAAAUGUAGAGUGUAACAGGGGCCACAACUUAUUACGCAUGUUUCAAAGAUAAUUGACAAAAACCAAUAAAAAUACACUAUUUUUAGCUAUUUUGCUCUAGAAAACUUAGUUAUUUAAUUAAACCAAUCGAUUCAAAGAUGCCAUUUGAUGGAAAAUUCAAUAAUCUUUCGAAUAAGGGUAAAAAAAAAACUUCGAUAAGUUUGACCAUUUUCAAGUUAUAGCCAGUUAAGGCAAUAAGAGUCAAACACAUGGGAAGUUCAAUAACUACGUAACGGUUGAGAUUUGACCAUAUGCGUAGAACAAUUUAUUUCACCAUUUAUGGUCCUCUAUCACCCUUUAAAAAGUUUGCACUCAGGAACCUAACACCCUGUAUAUGUAGGUACUUGGUACAAUUCGUGGUUCAUGCGACGACGCCAGAUGCCGUCCUCCAGUUUACCGCCGAGUAUUGUUCGCAGCACUUUACGUUCGAAGACUCCAAAGGCUCUCCGAUCAGCUUCUCUCAACGUCCACGAUUCGUGGCUGUAUUAAGCGACCGGAAGAAUCGGAGUCUUGUAUAACGCGAGUUUUGUCUUCGUUUUCAGCCUACGGGACUAAAGCUGGUUUCGCAGCUGCAAUCCGUCUUUUCACCUCGCGGCUAACAUCAUUAUCGCACGUUACUAGAGCAGUACUUCCGAAACUCUGCGCCGCGGCGCUCUGAUCCCAGAUGCUUGCAGAACGUUUUCCAAAAUCAUUGAAAAAUGCAUGGUCCGGUCUGACUUUAACACCGAUCAAGUGUGAAAAUGAUAAAGCGUCUUUGUCAAAACUUGUUGAUGCGUCGCGACAUUUUUAAAAAUUUCAAAAGGCGCCACAGUAUCAAAAAGUUUGGGAACCUCUUUACUAGAGUACCAAGAUAAACAAAUUCGUCUACAACAUCAAAGUUUUCACUACUUCGUCACCACUACCACGGCUGCUGGACCGACGUUGACCACCAGCAAUCAUGUACUUUUGAUCUUUGUGGUGUUAAGCAUUAGUCCAACCCUCGCAGUCUCCCUUUUAAAAGGUAUUAACGCCUCUUCCACGGCCCGACGAUCGAUCCCGAUGAUGUCUAUAUCAUCCGCGAAGCCCAGGAGUAUAUGUGUUGUGACGCGCAGUUCCUUCCAGCGCGAUGUUGAACAGUAGGCUCGAGAGAGCAUCGCCCUGCUUCAGCCCGUCUAAGGUUAUGAACGAUGACGAAAUUUCAUCCGCAUAGCAACCUGUACACUUAAUUUCGAACCGUCAAGCGUCGCACGAAUCAGUCUAAUCAGCUUCGCCGGAAAACCAUGUUCGAUCAUAAUCUGCCACAACUCGUUUCUCUUCACUGAAUCGUACGCCGCCUUGAAAUCAAUAAACAGAUGAUGGGUCUGCAAGUUGUACAGUGUUGUACAGUUGAUCAGAAAAUAUUAAAAUUCGGGAAAGCCAAAUGUAUCCUAAAAACUAGCUUUUUGGGGGCAAUCACGCUGUGGCGCGAAAUUGUACUGAACGUAGUAGCUUUGCUUCCUUGUAGUUUGCCUUGGCUACUCUCUACCACGGAUGAUAACAAACAACCGUGAUCACAGGGUGUUGGCUAUCAUAUCAAUGCUGACGCGAUGCCACUUUUUGCGCGCCAAAGCGUGAUUGCACCCGAAAAGCUAGUUUUUAGGACACAUUUGGCUUUCACGAAUUUUAGUAAUUUUUGCUCAACUCCUACAGCAUUGGUGUCAAAGAAGCAAAUAACCAAAAAAAAACAUUAGAGAACAUGAUGCCGUUUAAAAAAUCCAACUUAUUACGAAUAUUAGGGUGUUCCAGAACAAAAUCUAUCAAAAAAUCAACUUUUUAAGGUUUUUCUGAUUACAAAUGUAAUAAUUACACAUGUUUUCUUCAAUUUUAUUGGCACACGUUGUUCGGAGAAGUUGUAGCAAACAUAUAUAGCUUUCAAUUUUUGCCAAAAUAAUUGAGUUUUGACAUUUUUUAGUGUACUUUUGAUUUUUUGAAGUUCAAAAAUAGUCGAAAAACACAAAAUUGAUUUGAUGCACCUCUUAAUUUCAAUGGAUUUGUCUGAAAUUUUGACCAGUUAUUUCUUUUAGGAUGCCAAUCAAAAUAUGGGGGUGGACUUGAGAAUCAGAGAACAUUUUUGAAAAGCUGGACAGGCCUAAUCCGAAAUUUAUCGAGAAUCUGCCGCAGGGUGAACAUCUGAUCCGUCGUUGAUCGGCCCUCACGAAAACCCGCCUGAUCUUCGCCGACGAAGGACUCCUCAAUCGGUCUCAGCCUGUUAAAUAGAAUUCCGGACAAAAUGUUGUACGCUGAAUUUAGAAGUGUUAUUCCUCUGUAAUUCGGCUACUCCAGUCCGUGCCCUUUUUUGUAUAGAAGGCAAUAUGAGACCAUCCAAUCAACUAGCAGGCAGUUCUUCCUCUUCCCAUAUAUUCAAUAUAAUACGGUGUAAGAGUUGAUACAGCUGCUCACUACCGUGCUUGAGAACCUCAACCGGGAGUUCGUCCUUGGCCUCGUCUAGCGUUGGAGGUUCCACAGCUUGUCCGUCGUCUCGAAUUCAUCAGAAUCCAUAAAAUAUGACAGUUGUUCAGCUUACUUGAAGACUUCAGUUUUGUAGCGCUUCGUAGCUCCCGGAAUUCAUUCGAAAAUUGCUCGUUCUGCCCACGUUUUAAAUAUCCAACAUUUGAUUGCUGCUGCUUUGUAUUCCGCUUUUGGGCCAAUGGUUGACCGAGUCAUUUCUGUAAAUUUACGCCGUUUUCUAUUCCCGUGUGUUCAUCUGCUGCAGUUGUAAGCCGGUACUGGUUGAAAAACAGUGGCCAUUCCUUAACGUUCCCGUCAAAAUUCGGAAGCAACUGUCCUCCCGUUGUUCUCGCCAGCAUCCACUGGUGAUCUACAACAUUUCCGUGUCCACGCUAGAACUUCCAGGUGCCAGUCGUUCUCCCUGACUUGUUUGGCUCGGCUUGCACUAGACUAUGCAUGUACCUGGCUGAUCCUCACAAAGGAAUGAUCCUUCGUUGAGCUUUUGUGUGUUUCAACUUGUAGUUGGAAUUUCUAUUGAUUGGUGCCCUAGAACUUGAGAUACAAAUCUCCAAACUUGAUCAUUUUGUUUAAAAAACAUGGCCGGUUUUUACUUCAUUCAUGCCAGUACUGCUCUUGAUCCUUUCUAUAACUGUGUAUGGAAACGAUGGAAACCGAUUUUGAAAACAUUGCCCCCUUAUUAAGACAUAGAACCAAAAAAUGUGAAAAUGUAUACAGUUUCGCCUUAAGUGCAAUGGUAACAUUGAUAUAAGUAUCAUAUAUAUGAGUAAUUCCCGGUGAAACUGGACCACUAUUUACAUCUUGUCUUCAAAAUAGUUUUAGUUGUCGAUUUACUGAAAGUCCUGAAAGCCAAAAAGUAAGAAAAACACAUUUGUUUACUCAAACUGAUGGACCCCCCGUAAGUUAAAGCCACAGCAAUUUUUGCAGACCUCUCGAUUUUGAUCAAAUGGUGGCUCAUUUAAACCAUUAUAACUCGAAUCUAUUCUCCAGAAACAACCUCAAAACGAAAUGUUGAUGAAAAGAGGAUCGAUAGAGCUACUAUUUACAGUUAUAAAAAGUUGGGUCGGCCAUAUUGAUUUCGUCCGCCAUCUUGAAUUUUUAUAUCAUGACUUUUUUUUCACCUUGUUGCCAACCACCGAUUUUUAGAAUUUUUGCAUCAAUUGAAAGCUGAGACACUUAUACACAACAUAUAAAAAAUAGAGAUGUCUUUUUCUUCUUUCAAACGUUAUCUGCCGUUUUGUAAAUCAUGCCACUUUUGCGCACUGGGCCAGGUGCCGGUCGUUUACAUAAAUGCAGCGUUAUUUCGCAGUUUUUACGAACACGAAUUUUCAAAAUCUGAAUUCACUAAUGGAAAGCUCAAACCUUCAGCUUCAAAACACAAAAAAAGUAAUGCCCGCAUAAAUAAGAAACAGUCAUAAACGGAAACGAACCUUCGAUUUUCCCAAAUUUUACUGCACGUGGGUACCAAAUUUUGCUGCAUGUAUAUACAUGUAGGCUACUCUGAUGCUGUUGCAUGUCGUUGCCGGUGCGAAUGGAAAUGUAUGGAGAAAACGUGGCUUGAUUUACAAAACUGCAGAUACUUUUUGAUAGGAAAAAAGACAUCUUUGUUGUUAUUAAAUAUCUCAGCUUUCAAUAGGGUCCUAAAAUGAAAAAUAUUUCCCCGGUUUUGCUACAUAACACGAAAGAGCAUGCUUUUCUGAUCUCAAUGGUAAUUUUUCCGAACUUAAACAAUAACAGAAUAGUUAAUAAACUUGAAAAUAAAAUAAUGAUGAGCAGGUCUUGUUUGACAUUCGAGGUCAACCUUGACGUAACGAAAGUGAAACGGCGGGUUGCAAAAGACACCACAUUGGCUCACUUUUGACAAUAAAUAUUCCUGUUUGACAUACACGGUAAACAAAAUUUACCCAAAAUUUAGUGCUAAACAAAGAGUGUUGCAAAAAUUAUUAAAAUUUUUGAAAAUAUAUUUUAUGGGCUUUACCUAAUAGGAAUACUAAAAAAAUGAGUAAACAUGUCGUUUUGAUCAAUGCUUGAUCGAAUUAUGCAGAAAUUGAGAUAGGCCUUUAGGAGCCUAUUGAUGUACAAAUUUCGAAAAUCGGUGGUUAGCAACAUGGCGAAAAAAAAGUUUUGGUAUAAAAAUCCAAGAAGGCGGCCAUAAUCAAUAUGGCUGACCCAACUUUUUAUAACUGUAAAUAGUAGCUCUUUCUUUCCUCUUUUCAACAUCGUUCAUUUCAAACGAGCUAUCAUUUGACCAAAAUCGAGAGGUCCGCAAAAAUGGUUGUGGCUCUAACAGGGGGUCCAUCAAUUUGAGUAACCAUUUGCAUUUUCCUUACUUUUUCGGCACCACCUUAUGCAUUUUUAAGACAAUGGGCCGAUCUCAGCGAGAGUUACUCAUACCUAUGCCAUAAAUAUUACAUUAGGCGAGAUUUUUUUUAUAGUUGUCCUCAGCCUGUACAAAGUACAAAGUACAUGAAUUCAACCUGUUAUUCAACGGCAACCGAAUCACUCUUCCGAACUUGUAUAUCAGAGCAUAGGGUAUGAGUGCCAUCAGUAAUCUCUCGCUCUCAUAUUCAUUCUAUUCGAAAACAAGCGAUUACGGCACGCACCGAUUGAUUCCGUUCUUUGUGUUUUCAUGCGUGCCCACUCUCAACAAAAACAUAUAGGGUAGGGCGGGGCAAGAUGGGUCACCUAAGGAUGGAUCACCAUAACUUUGUAAAUACAAAUCGUAUUGGUUUGUAUUCGUCGGCUACUGUUUAAUACACUAGUUAACUAUGCUUAAAGUCGAUCAAAAGUUCAUUAAAUACAAAAUAUGAUGUUAAAUAAGCAGUUUUUAAAAGUGAUCGAUUUUGCGCCGUGAAAAAAGUGCGGGGCAAGAUGGGUCACCUUUUCAAUAAUUCACAUUUUCUCAACGAAAAACCUCAAAAUAUAAGAUUUGUUCCGCAUUCAUAUAUGCUCCAUAUACAUACUGAGUAAACAAGAGCUACUAGUAAACAUUUUAUAAAUUUAUUUGGAAUAUAAAAAAAGUUACGAUUUGAGUGGUCCUAAGGCGACUUGAAAAUCGAUGUUUUCACUAAAAAAUUAUCAUAACUUCACAGACAAACAGACGUAACACUCUGAUAAUUCACAUCGUACACCGAUUUAACGGUCUUUUUCAAAAUUUGAUAGUUGGCCAACUGCCCAACCGUGGCGCUCGCAUCGUUUUUGUUCGAGUUUGACGUUUGUUCACUACCGCCACCUAGUUGGUGGUCGGCCAAACAUAGGCCUUUUAGCAUUGGGCGAAUAUGUUUUCGUUACUAUGAUUUGAACCGAAAAAUGUUCGAAGUGUUACGUCUGUUUGUCUGUGAUAACUUUAUGUUAUAAUUUUGGGCGUUCAUUCCGCUUGAUUGAAGUCAUUUAUAAGAUAGUCUUGUAAUAAAAAAUAAAUAACUUUUGAAUGCUCCAAAAAUACGUUCAAAAUUGAAGGUGACCCAUCUUGCCCCGCGACCGUUUAUAUGGAGAUUAUAUGGAAUGUAUCGCAUAAGAAAAAUGGCUAAAAACCAUUUUAUUUUUUGUUUCCAAUGAGAGUGAAUAAUUUUUCAAUCAAUGCCCCAAACUUUUGUAUAUUCAUGCUGGUCAUCUAACAAAAUUAUCAACAUAAUCAAAACAUGAGUAAUGUGCCCGAAAAUGGCACUGACCCAUCUUGCCCCGCGACCCAUCUUGCCCCACCCCACCCUAAAAAUAAGAAACAAAACAAACAGAGCUACAAUCCUUUGUUUUUCAUAGGAUGAAAAUGGGAGCCACAUGCCUAAUAAAUAAUCGACCAAAUUUCAUUACGGCGCAGUCGCAUAAAGAAUUAAGAAACUGAGGCAACGGAAACCCACCGAUGUUUCCGAAAUCCGAUGCGCCAGCGGAUGAUAAGCGAAAUUCCGAUGAAUUGAUUUUCGUUUAUUUUGCAAUUGUAGUUUUAGAAAACAUGAUUUUCAUCUUUGGGCAUAGGGCAUCAACAUAUCUGGGGAGGAUGUUUUCAAAUAUUAACUGUGAGUGCUCAUGAAACACUAAACUGAGAAGCAGACUAUGUUCUAAUUGGGACGUAAAUCCAGAAGAAAAUAAGAGAAAGAAUACCUAUCUUCUUCAUUUCCUAAAAAAUCACAUAGGACGCAUCAAGUGAGUGAAGGAAAAUCCAAACGAAUAGAUCUAAAUUUGUUUGCAAUGCCAAUGGGUCUAGAGGUAUAUUUAUGAAUGCAAAAAUGAGUGCGCCUGACCCAUUAUUUUUGUUUGACAAAAAAAAGUUUUAGACGUGUACUCGCAAUAUUACGAAAUGUCUAGAAGGUUAGAGGAACUUAUUUGGUGCAACUUUGCUGAAGAAACCAAUAUGCCAUAAACCAAAUAAGAAGAAAUUGUCUCAAUGGCACCAAUGUUAACCAAAAUUGAAGGUUCAGGUACAAACAUUUUGUUGCUCGUAAAUGCGGCUCUAGGUUCAAAGUGCAAUGUAAGAAUUUCGUAUAACAAUCUGCAAGUUUACGGAAGCUCUGCAGAAUGGAGAAUUUGACGUUAAAUGAUAAAAAAUAAUAAUACAUGUAGCGGAUACUAUCUGUAAAACUAAUUGUGUAAUAAAGGAAUACAACUUCCGAGUGACUCUAUGA